GGUUAACAACUUACUUCAAUUCCAAGAUCAGUCCUAAAAACGUUAUGGAUACAUCAGAGCUCGAGCCUUCAAAGCUCGGUACGAAAGAACAUUGGGAUAACGUUUACGAAGAAGAAUUGGAGAACUUCAGUGAAAAUGGUGACGAGGGUGAAAUAUGGUUCGGCAAAAAGGCGAUGAAUGAAACGGUCAAAUGGGUUAAUCAACAUGUCCCAUCACGCCCUGAUAUGUCAGUCCUGGAAGUUGGAAGUGGGAACGGUGCACUAUUAUUCGCGCUUGCGGAGGGACGUGGAAAAGCUUGCUAUCCAGCGCAUCGACUCCUGGGAAUUGAUUAUAGUGAAGGAGCCGUCCAGCUCGCUCAAUCGGUGGCGCCCUCUCGAAAUCUUACGGCAGUUACGUUUAGAGUGUGCGAUUUCCUGCACGAGGACCCACCAUUACUUGCAGAUGAUCAGAAAGCUGACCAGAAUGGAGCUUGGGAUCUUAUCCUUGAUAAAGGCACAUACGAUGCCAUCGCGCUGAUGGAGAAGGACAAGAAUGGAAGGACCCCAGUAGAAGGUUAUCCGAUACGUAUCGCGAAGCUCUUAAAUCCAGGCGGGCAUUUUCUAAUUACAUGUGCGUAUGUAUCGUGCCACUUGACUGUAAAACUGAGAGCCCUUCAAUCACCCCAGCUUGUAAUUUUACCGAUUUCGAGUUAGAAUCGAAGUUCAUUACCGAAGAAACCGGCCUGCAGUAUCAUUCUCGUAUAGAACAUCCAACUAUUUCAUUCGGCGGGAGCACCGGGAGUGCAUGUUC